GAAUUUUGCUUCUUUCUUUCAAAAAGAGAGAAGCUGAUAUCGUCUCUUUUCAAGAUUUGGCCGCGAUGAGUACCCAAACCGCCCUCCACGGCAUCCCUCUCCCAAUCUUUAACCUCGCCUCGUCGCCCUCACGUUCUCACCGCCUUGUAGUCCGAGCUAAAGUUGAGCCUUCUGAGAAGUCUGUUGAAAUAAUGAGGAAGUUCUCAGAGAAGUAUGCUCGGCAAUCUGGAACAUAUUUCUGUGUUGAUAAGGGAGUGACCUCUGUUGUCAUCAAGGGGCUUGCUGAUCAUAAAGAUUCUCUUGGAGCACCACUCUGUCCUUGUAGGCAUUAUGAUGACAAAGCUGCUGAAGUAGGACAGGGAUUUUGGAACUGUCCAUGUGUACCUAUGCGAGAGAGGAAGGAGUGCCAUUGUAUGCUUUUUCUCAACCCUGAUAAUGAUUUUGCUGGGACAGAACAGACCAUCAGCUUGGAAGAGAUCAAAGAAGCAACAUCAAAAAUUUAACCAGUACUGUUUUCUUCCCUGUACUUUUAUCUGUUGAGCGGGCAACCUACAUGUAUGCCUUUGCUGUAGCCAAAUAAUAAUCAUGGACAGACAUUCUCAUUUCUCUGUCUCAAGUGCAUAGCAGUAUGUAAAUUAUCUCAAGGUUAUGGUGGUGCAGCACUGAUUCAUUUGCACAUGGGGAAAGCAAGUACAAAAUUUCCCCCGUUCACAAUUUAAAUUCAUGCUGAUGUGAUGACGUACAGGGUGAACAAUGCAGCAUCCACGUUCUGCAUCUCCUAGAAUGACAGUCCAUUUGCCACAUCAGCUAUGGUACUUGUGGCAGUGUCCAGUAUAAACACAAUUGUCUACCAAUUUUUUGUGUUCAACGCUGGAAAUAUUUCAGACAAUAUAAUGAAAUUUACUUGCAGAACUCUUCGGGUGUAAAUAGUUUUGAAUUGUUCAGGGCUAAGAAGCAACAUUCUAUUUGCAUGACUUCUUCACCAUUUGUAAAUUAAUCAUGUCUGACAGGUGACACUGCUAGACUGACUCAUUCUUCACUUGUUUGAGUGCUCAUCUGAAAAAUUUUGAUAUAACAUGGAAAACUAUAAUUUGCACUA